UUUCGAUCGGGAGUAGCAAACAUCACAGUGUCUUAUAAGAAAUAUAGCCGUUUUACAUCCUAUACCUAUGCACGUAUAAGUACAAGAUCAUUUUCUUAAUAAUUUAGCCAUCGUUGAUUGGCAGAAAAAGACAAUGUCGAACAUCGUACAAACGAGGUUGGAUUAUCCAGCACUAACUUGCAAUAAUGAAGAGAACACUAAUUUUCAAGGCAUGUCAAUUGCAAUCCAAAAACACGUCAAGUCAGACAUAAUAAAAAUUAAGUCAUCUCGUUCGAGCGAAGAAAAAAAACGACAGCUAAUUUUCGAAAUACUUCAGAACGAAAACAACUGCCAAGGUUACUUUUUCGAUUACGUUCCUUCAAUGAAUUUCAGGCACGUAUAUCUCGAAACGUGUAAUGAUACAUUGGACACUUAUAUCCGGAAACAUGCAAUGAACAGCAACUUUCGAUGGACCAUACUGCAGGAGAUUUGCUGCCAAUUGGUGGAUUCGGUAGCCUGGCUGCAUCAACGAGGGUUUUAUUACAAUGGCCAACUUCAUCCUCGUAACAUUUUCAUCAAGACUUGUAACAGUCCGUGGAAAGUAAAACUUCAACUUUCCGAAAAGGCAAAUCCCUUUCACGGUCUGGACACAGAGUACGUUAAUUUGUGGUCUGGAAUAAAAGAAUCGGACUUAUUGAACAAAUCUGCGGACGAAAUUGCCAUCCAGAAAGAUCUAGUUUCCGUAACCAUGUUGAUGUUUUUCAUCCAAUCAUCUGGCGUUCAUCCUUUUCAAAGAACUAGCACUCUUGAUCCGGUCGAACGGGAAAACUACCAAUGCAUACAGAACCAAAUUAAAGAGGGCAUAUUUGCACUAGAUGCCUUGGAUAGAAAAUGUUUUUGUGCCGACGAAAACGAAAACUGCGAAGAGACGCAAUGCAAAUAUCGUUUAUGGGUCAACAAGCUGGCCAAGGAUCAUACAUAUGCUAUGCUAACCGAGCUCAUUCGCGAAACAAAGUCAUAUGACAAAAAAUCGUCUGAAAAGCUUAUGGAACAUCCCUUUUUCUGGAAGACUUCAGGAGUUCUGAGGUUCAUCGAAAAUUCAUCAAACUACUUAAAGGAAGCAAAAAAUAAAACGAAAGAAAACUUAUUCGGUGUUUUUCCGCAACGGCAGACAAAAGCAAGUGGAAAAAUUGGAUUUAAAAAAAAUUCAUCAGCUUCUAUCCAGCAAAGCCAAGUUCAUCAACCAUGGAUGCUGGAUCAUAUCAUUUUGACAAAACUUGAAAACAACCAUAAAGACAUUUUCAACUAUUUACAUGAAACGCCUACAAGGACCGGCCAGACAUCUAUCACAAAUUUUUGCGGACUUCUGACCCAAAUACGGAACAAGAGUUGUCAUUGGAAUGAAGCAACACCAUGUGGACCUGAUGCCAAAAGAAAUUUGGAAAAUCUAAGCUUUGCAGCAGAUAAUGAUAUGGAUGCUCGUCUUAAGUUUUGUUUGUUCUGGAACAUACAUUUCCCCGAACUUAUUGUCUACACUUGGACAAACCUUAAAGACGUAAUUGUGCAUCAAUAGGCAUGCCAAGAAAUGACUGGUUUUCUAUCCUGAAACCCUGUUUGCCCUUAAUUGGCAAAGAAAUUAUGUUUUAUCUGACCGCCUUUUUUCAAAAAGAUUUUCCAAGUGCCUAAGUUAAACCCACGUUUUUAAAAAUUCAGAGCACUUGUGUAAAACGAGCUUCGUUAUCAGUCGCCAUAGCGCAAGUUGCAACAGAUUAAAAAGGAGUCUUUGUCAAGUAAAUAUGUGAGACAAAAUACAUCGAGUUGCAACGUC